GUUAAACUUGAACUUCGAAAGCGUACGGUUGUUGAGCUCGUUCGUUUCUUUCUGUACGCGCGUCGUUCGGGGGCUCCAAGAGUCUCUAAAAGUUGUCGUUUUUGACAUCGAGACGGUUUAUUAGAAAUUGUUUGAACGUGCAUAUUAAAGACAGUUUUGGAGGUUAGAUUUGGAGCAAAGCGAUUUGAAGUUUUGCCCGGAUUUUUUUCCGUCGUCGUUCACCUGUGAAAAUAAACAGAGAAAAAACCAGCCGCAGCUGUUGGGAAACUAUAAGUUUGCAAAAGAAAAGUUUAAAAAACAACUUGGACAAAAAGUGGCAAUCGUAAAUGAUUUGAACAGCAGCAAGCAGAGAAACCCCGAAAACGUUGCUGAAUAAAAAUGAGGCGCCUCGUGGACUUGGGUUUUGUGAUCCGAAUAUGGCUUGCGUUACUUUGCGUUGAAAGUAGUCAAUCCGAGAAUGCGGAACCAAGAGCAUUAGACAUUUCAGUUCCAUGGAGACCCCUCUCCUACCAUGUGCCCCAGCAGCAGCUGAUUAGCGUGGCCAGUUUUGACACGACCAGCAAAGACGAGCUGGUUCAGAUAGCCCAGCACAAUGCAAACAUUCUGAAGCAUUUCAACCAACCGAUAACGCAGUAUCAGCAAAACCCAGGCAGCAACAAUCCUCAGCAAGGGCAACAUCCGGCCCAAGGGCUCGCCGGUGGUCCUCAGGCGCCUCAGACCCUCCAAACGCAACAGCCAUCGAUUCCACCGGGUCAGCUUCAACCGAAACUUUCCCCGCCACCGCCUGGGGUCUUUGGGGGUCACACUCCAAUCCCGAAGUACAUGACGACCCCGUUGCUGCUGACCAAUGUGAGUCCAGCUGGUGCCAUGCAAACGACGGCUCGCCAUUCGAUGAAAUCCCCGUACGGAAGCAAAUCAGACCAAAUUACCACCCUCAAUAUCGUGCACACGCCACCUACCCAGAAGGUUCCGGGUCCGGGGGUGUCGUCUCAUCUGGCUCCGGUUGGAGUCAAGGCGCCCAAGUUUAAUUCACAGCUCAGAGAACCGUCUGCAACCCUAAAUGCUCCUCCGCCACCGUCCAGGCAAAAAUCCACGCUGAAACCACAUCCGGUAAUGAACAAGCUGCAAUCGCACAUGGCCGUAGCCUAUCACCAGAAGCAACCGGUUACGGCAACCUCGAACCGAUUGGAGCAUUACGUCUCCCCGAAUAACCUUUACGGAACCUACAUUCAAUUUGGCCAUGUCUCAAGUCCGCUCCAAUCGGCGAAGACCAAAUUCAUCAGCCAACUCGCCAGCCAUCCUAGCUUUGAUUCACAGCUCAAAGGUUUACUGCAUGCCGGCGCAGGUGGCAGCUAUCAGCAAACGAUGGCCCACAUCAAGAACCUUCAGAAGCUCAACUACAUGCAACAGCAGAACAAAUUGCAGCCUUACUUCAACCACAUUCCGAUCGAAGCCGAUUUUCCGAAAAAAUCUCUUCUGCCAGUAGAGAAGGACGUUUCCAAAAUUCCUGUAACCCCGACUACACCUCUGUUCCCUCACAUUCCUCCAAGCGUUUUGACACCCUUCUUUCAGCAAGUUCAGCAACAGCAGCAAAACAAGUACAGUUUCAGCUUGAAAACACAACAUCCAGCUCCUCCAGCUGCAUCCCAAGUGCCAACAUCCCAGUCUUUGAAAGAGAAACCUUUCAAGCCUCCGCAGUCUCAGUUCCAGUUCGAAUCGCAUCAGUCCCAUUCGACUGCCCUUCAACCUUUCAAAGAUCAUCAUGCCGCGGAUAGUUUCGGUUUCAAUGCUUACCAUAAACAUCAGCAGCUUCCGAUCGAACAUAAGCCCCAUGAAGCUAUCAAAUUCAAAGAAAACAAGCAUGUGUUCAACGAAAUACAUGAUGAAUACAGUAAAAAUCUUGUCCCACCUCCAAUGAGCACUGAGCAAGCAUUCCUUCCUACAAUCGUCAAUCAUGUCGAAAGCUCCAAAGACCCAAUUGAAAUAUUGAACAAAUAUAAUAUCAACCCCCAUUCACCGUUGCAAGAUACAAACCGCUUCAACUAUGAAUCCUAUGCACGACCAAGCUCCCCACCUUUCCAUCCAACAUCCACCCCCAGUACAACUUCAGCUGCCACGCCUUCUUCGACGCAACGUCCACCUUCUACUACUCCACGGCAACCAUUCUACUCGCAUACCAUCACAUUCGGUGGCGAACACAACAACUUCAACACACCGGUACUUGUAACGCCAAUCAACGAAGAUUGGAUCGGUCGGGAUAAAUUUAUAACCACAGAGAAACCCAAUGUCUUCAAACAUCUCUUCCGUCCCAUUGAAAGCGAAUAUAAACAGCACAAGCUGAUGCAUCCUAGCUACACCGGCCUUCCACCGAAUAAGCGAGUUCAAUCCACAACUCCAUUGGCACCGGUUGAAUCAUCGACUGAGGAACCUCUUAUAACUCACAGUUUCUUCACAAUAGAAGAUGCCAUCUCAGAUCCAACGCUCAUACCACCCAAUAAUCGCAAUAAGUACAAAUACUCAACCGAAGCCGAAGGAAACAGGGUCGAUGAACCACAGCCAGAAAUAGUUACCAUAGGACCAGCUUUCGACACUUCCCAGGAAUCUGGCACCACCACUGUUUAUCCUAUGUUCAAGAGCAAAGGUCGAAGGCGCCGCCCAAAGCCUCAUUCGUCAUCCACCACCGAACAAUCUGCCGAAGUCGAUUCCAACGAGAGCCCACUAGAGCGACCAAACCGAAACCGGUUCCGAUAUCGACCACGGCCAACGCUCGAAGCAGAAAAUGAAAUCAAAACUACGGAAAUUCCUACUACUCCUUUCCUCACGGAAGAUAGUUCCCUGAGGAAACUUCGCAAGAAGCCUAGCAACUUUGAUAAAACUCGGGUGACCUCCAGCAACAUCCGGAACGAAAUCUUAGAUCAGGAACGUGAACACUCAGACGUGUUUGACUUUUCCCCGGUAACCCAGGACGCAAUUGUCACAACCACUACCGUCAACAGUAUUCUAGGAGCGCUUUUCAACGAAACCAUUGGCAGUAAUAACGGACUUCGCUCUCGCUUCCGACCAACAUCCGGAGAACGUAACAACGUUACUCCAGACACCAAAAAUACUCGAACGAAAUCGAAAUUCUCCGAAGAACUUCAGGAUCUGUUCAAAUCUACAGAAGUGACCCGUGAUCCCGAAACAACUCGACCAAACUUCAAAAUGCCCAGUCUUAAACCUAGCCUCCGAUUACCAGCAACCACUUACACCUCAAGCACUUCGUCAACGUUCGCUAGUUCCACCUCGGAAGAAACCAGUGCCGAAGUGAACCGAACAAGACCCGAACUAAACCGACCACGGUUCAGCAUCAAAGAGUUCCGAAACAAACUGAACCGAACCACGACUUCAACAACGCCUUCAUCCUCGUUCUCAACCGACACCGAAAGCACCACACCGUCUGCGUCCACGAAGCUUCGAUUCCCCACCCGGAAUCGGUUCCUUCUCAACACCCGACUAACGCCUCUCAACAAAACUACCGAUUCCAAUGAAAUUCUUUUCUCCAACAGCAGUAGUAGCGGCAACAGCUCACCUUCAACCACAGAAAAGUCCCUGGUAUCGGCGGCCGGUAACGAUAGCACAACCACCAGGACAUCGUUCCGACCAACGGGAACUCGCAGCUACAACCGAUUUACGGUGAAGAAGGCAACCACUGAAAAUCCAUCGGUGGGAUCGCCGGUCACAUCUAGCACGAACGGUAACUCGUUAAGCACGUUCCGAACGGCCAGCCGCGGUCGGAUACGAUUGCAGGAUACCACCACGCAGUCGUCUCUGAACCGCACCGCCAACCCGUCCACGUUGAAUACGAGCACAUUGGCCAAUCGACGGCCACCGAAGAUCAGCCUGCGGCAACGAAUCCAAAACUACAACCGUAAAAAGGAAUCGGACAGCGGCAGCCAAAAGGACGUCGAUCCAGCUUCCAACAGUUUGCUGAACUCAUCCGAUGAGCUGAAGACUUUCGACGACCUGGAGCCUCACAACAGUCGCUACGACGAGGGCGCAAUUGAGGGAGCUGGUCCGGGGUCAUCCGGAACUAGUACCACGACCGAAGGAUAUCGGCAGCCGGAAACGGCCAUCAUGAAGAUUUCACCGAAGGACUCGCCUUCCGCGACUUUCAACGGGUACGGCGAAACUGAUUGGGAUCUGAACAGUGCCUCGUCGGAUUACAGCAAGCGGGUCGUCGAGUUGACCCUGUCGGCGAGUAAAGAUAAGGGAUUUAAAUCGGUCAAUAAGGGGCUGCUGUCCCGGAGGGUUCCUGGCUACUUCACACUGGCAACGGAAGACCCAAUUCUUCCGAUAGAGGCCUUUUUCCCGCAGGUGAAAAAAGUUAAUGCGUGAACAGAGAGUAUGAGCAAAUUAGGGUUGGAUAGUAAAGAAUGGGUGUGUGCGUAUUUUUUGUAUGACGAAAUGCGUGAGGAACCAUGUGAGCGAUGAUUGCUUCUGAGAAUUGUUAUAAAGGAAUGUGCGUAUGAAUGGUCCAGAGAAUGCUAAUUUUAGACCUCGAACGGAUUCUGUUUUCCCUGUUAAGAUGUCGUUUAGAGUAAAAAAGUGCUUCCAAGUCUGCAAUAAGACACACGACGUGACCCAGAAAGGCAUGCAACAUUAACAAAGUAGCUUGCACGAUUUCUGGACCACUCACCCGGUAGCCUACUGCGAUCGAGACACGCCAACACGGCUCAUCGUUACUGGUCCAGAGACCUCUCAUUAAGUCAAGAAGCAAAAGUAAUUGGAGUAGAAGUAGUCA